GUCUCUUAGAGAAUCAUGAGCUUUUACUCACUAUGUGGUUCUGUAACUCUCCUUGGGUUAUUCCUCUGUCUAUCAGAGGUAGAGAGCAUGAGGACACUGAAAAAUGUAGCUGUAAAACGUGGAGGAUCUGUCACUAUUCCAUGUUCAUAUGAAGGAAAGUACAAAGCAAACCGUAAAUUCUGGUGCAAAGGGUACUAUUGGCAUUCCUGCAGCAUCGUAGCCUAUGCAAACUCAAGUGGAAGUACAUCAGUCAUUGAUCAUCCAGCACAGAAUUUAUUCACUGUGGAACUGAACAAAGUCUCUGAGUCUGGAACGUAUUGGUGUGCUGCAGAAAUUCCAGAUAAAUGGCAACCGGAUGACCAUGAAUAUUUGUACCUGAUGGUUAGUCAAGAUCUGUCAGUGAGGGAGAACAGAGUGAGAGGUGAGGAAGGAGGCAGCGUCACAGUCCAGUGUCUCUACAGCGCUGCAUAUCAGAAUACACAGAAGCAGUGGUGCAGAUUCAAAGACAGGAAGUGCUGGACAUUUACAAAGACUGAAACAUCCCAGAAUGCAGCAGUGCAGUUCAGUGAUAAUGGGAAUAGAUCCUUCAAUGUGCAGCUUAAUGGAGUGAAGAAGAGUGAUGCUGGCUGGUACUGGUGCAGUGCAGGAGAUCUGCAGGUUCCUGUUCAUAUCAAUGUCACUGAUCCACCUCCAGUGACUCCAACAGUGACUCCAACAGUGACUACAACCACUCACCAAGUCAAGAAUCACAUAGAGCCAGUGCAGUUCUGUAUCACACACAACUGAAGGACGUGAUCUUAGUGACAUCAAAAAUAUAAGAAGCUGGAAUGUUCGAAUUAUACAAUUAUUUUCAAACAAACAUCACAGUGUGAGUUAUUCCUUUUCCAUUUCCCCUUACAGAUCAAUGAAUUCUAUCUAUCUAUCUAUCUAUCUAUCUAUCUAUCUAUCUAUCUAUCUA